UGUCUCCAAUACUGUUUUUAUAGUGGAUACAUGAGGUGGGCGACACUUGAACAGAAUUUAGAUUACACUCCGAGUGUAUACAUGGAUAUAGAAUUGAGUUUCCCAAGGGGGAGCUGGAGCCUUUUUAUGCCAAUAGACGUUAGAAUUGGGAGUCACUCGUCUUUGAGCUAGGAACCUGGACACAAACCAGCUGAAAUCAUGGCAGAGUUUCUGAGUACAACGGUCGCGGGUUCUCAGGCUCAACCUUCGAUCGAGCGCAAUGGUAUCAGUGGUUAUGAUGUGAUAUCUGCCAUGCCAGCCCUCGUGGAGUACCUGGACGAGGCAGGCAAUGCCACCAACCAGACGGCCAGUCGCUGGUUUUUUGACGGCAUGUAUUACGACCUGACCCAGUUGACCAGCGUCUACGCUAUUCUGAUCAUCCUCAGCGUCAUGGUCAUGGUGGUGGGUCUGACCGGUAACUCCAUGGUCAUAGCUGUGGUGUGCCGGCAUCGGUCCAUGCGAACCCCGACCAACUUCUACAUCGUCAGUCUGGCGCUCAGCGACUUCCUCGUCACCUCGUUCGUCAUGCCGCUCAAGUUGCUGGAGUUGUCUGCCGAUGUCGACAUCUCCAUCCUCAACGCAGCCAUGUGUUCCAUCCUGGGAUUUGUCCAGCCGUACUUCGUCUUCACAAGCAUCUGGACUCUGGUGGCCAUCUCUAUCGACAGGUAUCUGGUCAUUCUUCACCCGUUGCGGUCCCGCUCCUUCAACACGCGGUCCCGGGCCAUUCGCAACGUGGCCGCCAUCUGGGCCAUGCCCUUCCUGGUCCUGGCCGGCUACUUCUACCCGCACCGGACCAUGAACUACCGGAUGACCAGCGAGCUGGGUGUCAUCAGGCGUACGGCUUGCCGGUCUGACUUGCCCCACAUGAUCCAGCAGUGGUACGCGCUGUUCCAGUUUACCGUGCUGCUGCUGGUACCCGUGGCGUUGCUGUGCUUCACCUGCUUCUCCAUCGCCCGCCGACUCUUCCGGCUUACGGAGGACGAGAAGAUGCUCAAGACGUCGCUGAGGAAGGAGGAGGCAAGCCGGCGAAAAGUCGCGAAGAUGGUGUUAGUUGUUGUGUUUGCGUUCGUCAUGUGCUGGGCUCCGUUUUUCAUUGUGACGCUGCUCAAUCAUUUCCUGCAGUUCCUCGUGAACCGUAACUUUUUCUUCUGGCAGUGCAUACUAUUUCUCUUGGGCUUCUCGAACUCGUGUAUGAACCCCAUCAUCUACGCGUUUAUGAGCCGGGCCUUCCGUAGGGGCUUCCGAGGCAUCAUCGUCUGCUUCUGCCCCUGCACCAAGGUCUGCUUCAAGAACAAGAGCAAGUUUGUCAACCCACGGCGUAGCGUGACCAUCAUCUCCAGCGAGCCGGCCACCGAGGCCUGCCGGGUCGGGGGCGAGGGGGCCAAGGCGAACGCCAAGCGGCGUCGGGCGGCCGGCGGUGGCUUGGACCGUAACUCGCGUUGGAAUAACACGCAGUACAGCACCAUGUCUGAGACAGAAAACAUCGACAUGACGAGGAUCUCGAGCUCGGGGUCGGCCAACGGCGGGCCGUGCGAGCACCACUCGACCCGGAACAAGACGGACUCCUUCAUUAACAAAUCACCGGUGACUGCGACCACACCAACCGAUUCCCCUCGCCAAGGGGAAUUUGAAAACAAUAACUUUAGUCAAAAAAAUUCCCAAGAGUCUGGCAACAGCCCAAACUCCUUUGACAAAAUUGAGGAGGAGGGCCCUUUCGAAGACGUAGCCCUGGACGAGGGAUCCCGUGAGAACCCUGCAGCUAGUAGCAAGCCAUGCAUCGACUACAAUCGCAACACGCCACCCCAUCCGACUGAGAAACAGCUCCAUGGCUUCGUUCAAGACACGGACGAAGAACCGGGUUGCACAGCCCCUCUCCUUUCGAUAUCUGAGGACAAUCCCACUGUCGCAAAUGGGGACUGAUAGAAAGGUUUACAUUUACGUCCCUCUUAUCUUUACACCAGUAUUGGCACACAGUGCAUAAUGAAACGUCGUGAGAACGGCGAGCGUGACUUUGCACCGAUUGUUUAAGGAAGCAAUUAGGACGCAUCAUCUUGCUGCCAUUAAUGUUAGCAGCUCAACUUACCGUUUUAAGACACGUUUCGUGCGCUUUUCAGAGCACAAAAAUGUGAUGCCAGCCAAAUGUCUUUCAGUCCACUCCCAGUAGAGCAAAACAAAAAUGAAUAUUACUCGCCACGUGCUCAAAGGGAAAUCAAGUCAAACAAUCUACUUAAAACUUGCGAAGUAUCUACGCAAAAGCAGAUAGAAUUUUGAAAUCCACCAAAGUCUUGAAGCUCUUAGACAUAAUUUGAUAAAUAUAUUACUUGUGAAUCAUUGGAUUGAUACAGUGAUUGCAGAGAGAUUUAUAAGUCAGCUCCGAGGUUUCUCUUAAAUCUUCUUUGAUUUACUUUAGUUUGUCCUCGGUUUUUACGGAACAUGAUUUGUUUUUAGGUGAGUGGCAAUGAAAAGAUGCCGGAGCCUUAAAUAUUUGGUGUACUUUUCCCCCUAAAAUCUUACAAUACAAAUACAUCAAUUGAAUCCGCACUUGUCGGAUAUCCAUUGGAAUUUGAAGUCAAAAUCCUAAUCAUUCAGUCGGCGCAUCGGCGGGAAAUUCCCAAUGGAUGCAUGGGCACAAGUAUUCACGAGAGUUUGUUGCUAUUCAAAAAUGUGCGAGAAAGAAAUGAUACAUUUCAAUCAUGUCCCGGACUGGGAAGAUUCCUCCGAUUCGGCCGAAUAAUUCGGGCACCAGUAACAGUCUCAAGGGAAUGUACAUUUUAAUGUAGUAUUCAUUCUAAGCUUAUGUCGGAUAAUGUCGUAAGUAUGCAAAAGUCAGCCACUUUUUGCCUAUUAGAGAGACUGUUUUGGUAUUAGAGAGAUGGUCAAAAGAGGAUGUUAAACAGCAUGGUGAGAAGCGUUUCUACAAGAGGUCUGGCUAGUUCCUAAAACUCAACAACCAUGUUAUUGCCUUCAAUGUAUAUGUACAGGUAACUCUAAAAUGAAUCCCCCACUUCAUGGGAAUUCACUUCAUAAGUUGAAGACAAACAAUAAUCAACUUAAACCACUAACUAUUGUUCAUCACCAAAAUUUAACAAAUUAAGAAUCAUGCUUUCAAUUGCAUGCACGCUAUUCUCAACAUAAAACAGACUUACUGCUGAAGGUUUUUUUUCUCAUUUCAUGAAGUCACAAUUGUAGCAUUUUGGAACAAAAAUGGCAAAAGCUAAUGAAGCCGUUAUUCUGUAUUAUUUUUGGGGAGAAAUUACAAAGAUGAUGAUGCAAAAAAUGUUGAAAAGGAGUGGUUGACUAGUUUGUAUGUUGGUUGGUACGUUUGUUCGUCGAUUUUUGGUCGGUCGGUUGGUUUGCUGUGUGAAUAUAUGUGUUAUGAGCUUGGUGUUAAAGAGAGUAAUCGUGUUACUGUGUGAACAGUUUACAAAAUAAUUAAAAUGGUGGUUGAUUUGGCAUUGAGAGCUUUGUUUAAAUGACGUCACUCGUUCUACUAACACCUCUAGGUGGCGCUCUAGGCAUAGCUUUGGCAUAAUUCUAAAGACAUUAAAUGUAGUUCCAGAUAUGGGCCAUGGUUCCUUGGACGCCUAGCAUUGCUAUACCAUACCUUUUCUGUACUUAAUUUUUAUUACUUAUCCUCCAAAUUAAUAACAGUCCCACAUUUUUAAGGGAAUUUUUAAAUGGAAAUAUGUUCAAUAUGCUUCCACCGUAUGUUAGCUCGCAUGCUGAUCGUUCAUCACUUCGCGUAAAUUUGACACGUAUUGCGGGGCGUCAAACGCGGGGAUCAUGUGCGUGUAAUAUGCUUACAUACCAGCAUUGUAGUCGUGUUCAUUUCCACGAGUACGAGUACGAGUAAUUUGUCACGACUAUGAGUACGAGUACUUUGCCACGAGUACGAGCACAAGGCAUUUUCCCCUAUGAGUACCAAAAAUUCGAAUCGAGUAUGAGUAUACGAGUACGAGUACAACUGUACGAGUACUGUCAACGAGUUGGAACAGAUUUCAAUGGGCAGGCCUACACAUUGUUCUUAAGGGCUUUUUGGAGUCAAUAACUAGGCAUUAACUAAAUGGAGAAGCCUCCCAAACACUACAAAAUUGUUCUUUCUCCUGCAUGUACCUCUUAUUUUGUUUUAAAUUCUUGCAGGAGAACAUUUGCAAGAGUACGAGUACGAGUACUUUGUCAUGAGUACAAAUGAAGUUGUACUCGUACUCGUAUAAUAUGCUCGAGUACGUUUUUGGUACGAGUACUGCAACACCGAUGCAUACACAUUUAUAUAGCACACCCAUGAGUCAAAUGACAUCCAAUCGGACCAUUCCUCAUUCCCCCUCACCCUCUGCUUUUCGAAUUUCCCAAGCUGCUGGUAUAGCCACUUCUGUUGCCGUACGAAAAUAAGAUUUGCACAAGUUUCACUGGCUUGACCCUAUAUCCGCACCCCUAACACGUGUACAUACGAUUUGGCCUACGCCCACCAUAUGUUUAAACCAAGUAUGGGAUUCAUAUGGCUAAAACCAUUUAAAAAAUCCAGUUGACUGCCACUGGUCAUUGGCGCCAUCGAUAAUUGAAGCAACAAUGCAUCCAUUAGGUUGUGUGACCGUUUGACCAACAGUUGAAGAGCCUUAUCCCAAAUGCUAGGCGUACAAUCCUAGACUAUAUACAAGUACUAUAUGGCCUUACAACCUGUCACAUAAUUAUGCAGUCCUUAAAUUGGGCAUUCAAUUAUACAAAAAGUGUGGUAAACAUUACCGGUGCAUUUAGUUGUCCUUAAGGUGCAUUAACUUCAUUUUCGGCCUACUGGUGUAUCCUAAUGGUGCAUUCUACUGAUUCAAACUGUACAUUUUGUGUUGACGUUCUAUUGUUUCAAAGUGUAGCCUACAUUUAAUAUUUUGCUACUGAUGCAGCGCUAAACGUUGAGAAUAGAAGUUAGAACUGGUGUUUCUCUGCAUACUGUAAGUUACCAAAGUUAAUGAGUUAUGAAGUAACAAAUGUUUUUUUUUAACUAAGAAAUGUUUUAGAAACAUGUAUUUUGCAGUUGGUAUUUUGUCUGAAAUGGUUGGUCUGAAAUGUUUUGUAUAAUACAUACCUGUAUGAAAGAGUUGUUUAAGAAAUGUGAGGCAGAUAUUUGACGUUUUGUGAUUGUGCAUAAAAGUAUGCAAAUUCACGAUUUCGAACAUUUGAAAAAUAUGUAUGUAAGUUAACGUAAACGCUUUAAGUUAACGUUAAAAUAUAUUAAUAAAAAAUAAAAAUAAUACAUUAUCAUUGGAAACAGCUGUAAAGAUGAAUGACAAAAUGUUGGGCGAUUUUAUCAUGUCAGACCAUGUAAUAUUUACAGUCAGAAAAAAAUAGAAUCAGAAUACAAUUACAGCAAAAUAAAUAACAUAUAAAUUAUUUCUUUCUAUGUUUUAAAGGGUAAUGUGGCAUUAUGAAUCAUCAUAGAUAUGAGAUUUAAAAUAUCUUACAAUUGAAAUGUAAAUAUUCGAGUUUUAUGCCAAUAACAUAAAUUAUUAUUACUCAUCGUUAUGAUUAUAGAAGUGUUCAAAUAUAUCCCAUUCUGGUUGUGAAUAUUGGUGUGAAUAUGUAAAAAAAAAAAAAA